AUGAACAAAGAAUUACCAAUAUUAUUACAAUCUAAAAUUAUAAACUUGUUUGUAAAAGGAAUAAAUCAAGAUGAGGAGGAAGAAGAAGAUGUGUUGGCAGAUAUUGUACUAGUAUCAAAGAAAUGGAUGGAGAUUGUUAAAAAGAUCAAUAAUGUAUUGACAGCAUUCGAACCAUUUGUACAUAGAUUGAAGGAGAUUAAAGAGAUUAUGGAUAAUCCUUUUCUAUUAAACAAUAGAUUCCCUCUUUACGAAACUACCUAUUGUAAUGAUACAAUGUCAGAACAAGAAAUGGAUCAAGAGAAUGUAGAUUAUGCUCAAAACAACAAAGAAUGGUUUAUAUCUGUCUUUUGCAAACAGAUCGAGGAGAUUCGAUUGGGAUCGAGUCAAUUCAAGUUUGACGAGUUGUUGGUCAAGCAGAGUCUACCCAAUCUACGUAUCAUACGUGUCGAGAGUUAUCUGACAGAGUUGCCUCUACCACUAUUGACUCAACUUGACAAACUCAGAAUCUCAUUCAAAGGACAUACACUGUACAUGAUUACUCAAACAUUUGGUGCAUGUAAACAACUAAAGAAACUAUCAACCAAGAUUGCCUAUGACAAUAUAGAUUUGAAAAGAUUAUUCUCAAGUUUUCCAAAGACACUUGAUAAUCUUAGAUUGGAUAUUGUACCAGAGUUUGGUAUAGUUGAUAAUGGCAGUGGUGGAGGUGGCGGUGGUGAUUACUAUCCUUUUGAAUUGUUACCAAGUAGUUUGAAAACACUCAAUAUUGUUCAUAGGGAGCCAUUACACAGUCAACCAUUUAUAGAGUAUCUUGCAAAGAGUAAUGUAGAGUAUAUCAAACACUCUUUUCAAGUUGGCAGGUAUCCAUCAGUUUUGAAGGAUCUUUCUAGAACCAAGUUGAAAAGGGUUAGUCUUAUGCUAAGUGGUAAAAGAGUACCUGUUCAGUACACUGGUGCUGGUUCCAGUCAAAGACCAAUCAUACCACCAACAGUAACAGAGUUGUAUGUAAGAGAAGAUUUUACAGCUGAUUGGUUUAAUAGUAUUUUUGUCAAUAGUCAAAUGCCAAAUUUAAAGACACUUGCCUUUAUACCAUACCCUUCACAUCAACCACAACAAGACGUAGAUGGUUAUAACGAAGAGGAAGAAGAUGAGGGAUUGGUAUUAUUUACAAUACUGAUGACAUUCCUCAACCAAAACAAGACAAUAGAGAAAAUUACAUUUGAUUUCCGACAUGCUUGGGAAUAUUUAAAUGAUCAAAUCAAAUCCAACGAAUCACAAUUAUUACAGUACAUGGCAUCGAGUCUAUCCAUUAAACAAAUCAUAUUUGAUAAUGUUGGUACAAAAUAUAAACCAUUUAGUGGGAAAUUGGUACAUCCAUGGAUUGCUACAAAUGGAUUCAAUGGAUUGGUAUUUAUCAAUACAAAUAAUUAUCAUUGUGAUCCAUCACUACAAAAUUUAAUAAAUGAUUAUUAA